GAGGGGAAAGCAGACAGAUGCUUGUGAGUGCCCCAUGGCUGCAGCUGCCUCAGUUCAUUCAUUUAUUGCCUAUUGCAACUUGGAAGCAUUUUUUAGGUCAGUUCAUCUCCUGGGACCCAUCCCUGCCUUCUGGUUAAGGAAUCCAUGCACACAUACAGGAUGACUCAACAGUGGGAUGGAUGUUCAGAUACCAGAAAGGUGCUGGUAACUUGACAGGAACUUCCACAUUCUUUGGAGAGGCCUACUGUACGUGAGACCUUUCAAGAAACUGUGCAGUUUGAAUACAUCAGAUCGUUCCAGUACCUGAAACUGUCAUGAUGAAGAGAGCUAGGCAGAAAGUUGUGGUUGAAAAUGAAGCUUCUCAAACAUCACAGAAAAGCAAAAAACAGAAAACUUGUUUAUAUGGCUCAGUGUUUGGUGAAUCUGACUUGCAUGCCUCGAUGGACUGGGGAAGCCUGCCACACCAUGUUAUUCUGCGUAUUUUUCAAUUUCUACCUUUAGUAGAUCGAGCCAGGGCAUCUUCUGUUUGUCGAAGGUGGAAUGAAAUUUUUCACAUCCCAGAUCUUUGGAGAAGAUUUGAAUUUGAACUGAGCCAGCCAGCUACUUCUUACUUAAAGUCCACACAUCCUGAUCUCAUUCAGCAGAUUAUCAAGAGACAUGCUGAUCAUCUGCAAUACGUCAGCUUCAAGGUUGAUAGUAGUACUGAGUCAGCAGAAGCAGCCUGUGACAUCCUUUCUCGGUUAGUGAACUGUUCUAUCAAGACACUGGGUUUGAUUUCUACAGCAAAACCAAGCUUCAUGAAUGUCUCUAAGGCUCAUUUUGCUUCAGCGCUGACAGUAGUUUUUGUAAACUCCAAAUCAUUAUCAUCAGUCAAGAUAGAUGACACACCACUUGAUGAUCCUUCCUUGAAGGUUCUUGUUGCUAACAAUAGUGAUACUCUGAAACUGCUAAAAAUGAGCAGCUGUCCUCAUGUAUCACCUGCUGGAAUUCUUUGUGUUGCUGACCAGUGUCAUGGACUUAAGGAGCUGGCUUUGAACUACUACAUAUUAAGUGAUGAACUGCUGCUGGCUCUUUCAAGUGAAAAACAUGUUGAUCUCGAACACCUACGCAUAGACGUUGUGAGUGAAAAUCCUGGACAAGUUGAAUUUCACACUAUCAAAAAGCAAAGCUGGGAUGCUCUUGUUAAACACUCCCCCAAAGUCAACAUUGUGAUGUAUUUCUUCUUAUAUGAAGAAGAAUUUGAUGCUUUCUUCCGAGAGGAAACCCCUGUUACACACCUUUACUUUGGUCGUGCAGUAAGCAAAGCAAUGUUAGGUCGUAUUGGCAUGAAUUGCCCAAGGUUAAUUGAGUUGGUUGUGUGUGCUAAUGGACUUCAACCCUUGGACGACGAACUUAUUCGGAUUGCUGAGCGCUGUAAGAACUUAACAGCGAUGGGACUUGGUGAAUGUGAAGUAACUUGCAGAGGUUUUAUUGAAUUUGUAAAGAUGUGUGGGGGCAGGCUUACCCAGCUUUCUAUAAUGGAGGAGGUACUGAUUCCAGAUAAUGAUUAUAGCUUAGAUCGACUUCAUCUGGAAGUCUCCAAACACCUUGGAAGAAUGUGGUUUCCUGAUAUGAUGCCAACAUGGUAAAUUCUCUACAUUUGUGGAUAAAGUGAUAGAAUCAGGGUGUUGCUUUCUAUGCAAAUAAAGAAUUUAAAAUUAAAAUGUGAAAACUUAUUUCCAGAUUUGAGUUCUUCUACCUUGAGAACCUCAAGUAGUGUAACAGCAAAUCAUCCUAGAAUGUUAAUUGUAUACUGAAAUAGAAAAUAGAUUGUGCACUUAACACUUCUGAAAGUAUGUCUGUGGUUUACAGGUGCUUCAAACUGCAGUAAACUUGGGCUUCUUUGAGCUUCAGUUUAAAUGAUCCAUUCAUAUUAAAGGUUUGGGGUUUUUUUUUCAUUUCUUUGUUUAGCCUUUCCAAUGUAGUCAGAAGAGGACUAGAGAAACUUUUUUCCUUUAGGAAAUCUGUCUUUAUGGGAAGCUGGAUACAUCUUGGAGUUCAGUAUUAUUUGUCAUGAGGUUUUAUGCAGCUGUUUUUCAAAAUAUUCAUGUAAUAAAUGUAAAAGCUUGUAUAUUAAAAUACUUAUACUAGCCCAGGUUACUCAAAUAUAAUCUAGUGUAAACUCAUGCCAGUAUAUUAAAAUGUUGUGGUAAAUAAGCUUCUGCUUACAAAAAACCUUUCCAGUUUUAAAUUGCACUUUAAAUAAUUUUGCCAGCUCAGCUAAACUGUAGAGACUGCAUUGUACAGUUUGUUGGGUUUUUUUGUCUUAUGCAUUAAAUGGAUAGGAAAGAGACCUUGUUAAAAUUAAUGAAUUUAAAAGUUUGGAUGUAGAUUCAUUGCUUGGAUGAAUGACAAAGCACU